AUGUUCAUUGCUGUUUCCUCUUCUCUAUCCUACUCUGCUGCUCUUCAGCAACCCCCUCCUCCGUCUACUUCACUUAUUAAAGUUAUUCCCACGAGCGUUCCGUUAGUCAAUCCCGACGGCUCGUUUACCAUAUUCUCUUGGAAAAACACCAAGUCAUCACUUACCAACAAACCUUUUGUAGGUCGCGUCCCCCCUGACACGUCUUCUCCUAACAGUCUCUUCAUUGAUCGUAAAGCAAACAACAUAUCUGAUAAUGCUAUCAAAUCUUAUUUUCGUAACGAUCUCCUUGGCGUUGCCUUUUUUCCGGCUGAUCGCUUUCUCCAGCUCACUUUCAAAGAUGCUAAUACUUACGAAAAAUAUCUCUCCUUAAGCUCUGUCAUUAUCAAUGACAAACGCAUUUACUUUACUCCGCCCAAAUCUGUCCCUAGACGUUCCAUUGUAGUUCACUUACAUGGUCUACCCAUUAUGCCACGUGAUACAAUUACUAAUGCAAUCACAAAUGCUCUUUCCCCUCAUUGUACUGUUAAAGAAAUUGCUCCUGUUCUAAUCUCUGAUACUGAUUUCUUAACUCCGAAAUGGGAUGCAGUUGUUGAACUUAUCCCAGACAAGAAAAUCCCAGUACACCUAACAAUUCUCAAUUCUUCAAUUGCUCUUACAUUUUUGAAUUCAGCAUCAAUUUGCCUCUACUGCCAUAAACAAGACCACAUGAAUAGCAAUUGUCCUCUCCGUCCUCACCCACGUCCUAAUCCAAGAAAAACCUAUGCUGCAUUUACUAACUCUCAAAAUAAAUCCAGUACUAACACUAACCCUAAUGUCUCUCAAGCAACUAUGAAUAUAGACCCUCAAUCUUCUGCUACCACUGUAACAUCCAUAUCACAAAAUUCUCUUCAAUCUUCUAUCCAUGCUCCUAAGACACAAAUGUCAAAUGAAUCUGAUAAACAAGAUCACAUUACUAAUGAUCUUCCCUCUUUAUCUUCCUCCCCACUCUCAAAUAUGUCUGAUAAUAUCAAUACUGAUACCAAUGCCUCCUCACAAGACAACUCUAUGGAAAUUGAAACUGAGAAAGUUGAAGAUAAUCAAACUUAUGAGACUACUAAUCAUCGUUCUAAACUUCGUAGUAGUAGACAUACUAAUCCUCAUUCUUCUUCCUCCUCCCCAUACCCUACUAAUACUAAUCAUUCUUCCCAAAACAAACAGUAA